CUGGAAGAAUUUGAACCUGUCAGACUGGUGUGUAACUUGGACACAAACUGUAUACAGUUGAUGGAUGACUACUUGACGUGCACAUUUCUUCAGGCAUUCGUGAAAAUAAGUCAUCAUAAAUAACAAGACCAAAGUGGAGAUGAAAUUACUGAAGGCAUUUAGAUUCAUCGUUCUCCUUCUUCUGGCUGGAUACAUCUUUUGUCUGAAUAAGGACUACACGCCAUCUUUCAACUCCUUUUUCAAAGAGCUGACAGUGAGACAACGAUCCCACAGUCAUGCCAGAGAGAAAAGAGCUGCCGGAGAUUGUUUUCCAGAAAAUUGCUCCAAAAUAAAUGUAGACAUUUUCCUCUCAAUGGACACUCCAAACAAUGCCGAGGCAAUAGAGUUCAUUAAUGUACUGAGGGGUGCUGUGGAAAAUGUCAUUUUACCAUUGCAUAUCAUAGAUGAAUUAGUGCUGGGAAGCGUAAAUUUGACCACAGCCUGCUAUCCUAACUCGACUGGAGGACAUCAGUGUCAUUGUGAGGAUCAGUUGUUAUGGUCAAGUGACAUUUGUGACACUUACGGUGCAUGCAGCAAUGCCAGCACACAAAACUGCGACUGCAUAAAUGGAAUUCCAAAUGGCCAGUUCUGUGAACCAAGUAUCAUUACACUUCCCACACCACUAAUGACAGCUUCAGUAAUCACUGUUAUCAAAAUACGCACGUUAAAAACUGAGCCAACAAACCUUAUUCAACAACUAAGAGAAGCUGUGGAUAUCGUAUUACAAUUCAACGCCACGACUGAUUUAAUAGUGACAAGCUUAAAUCUGACCACAGUCUGCUAUACAAAUUUCAAUGGACAACAGCAGUGUCAGUGUGAGGAUCAGUUUCUUUGGUCAUGUGAGAUCUGUGAAACAUAUGGUGCAUGCAACAACGACAGUAUAGGAAAUUGUGACUGCAUAAAUGGAAUUCCACCAGAUGGGCAGUUCUGUGAAACAAAUGUCACCGCUGCAUGUCUACCACCAUCGACAGAAAGUGCGCCUACAGGCCCCCCGACAUUAGAAGCGAGGUCGUUGUCAUUCACCAUGAAUAUUGACUUUGAUGAAUCAUACAACGAUGAAAAUAAUGAUGUUUACCAGAUAUGUUUACUUUCUAUUGAAACACAGUCUCGGAUCCACAUCCUGGGUCUACAAUCAGCGGAUCUUUUAGGCUUCAGCGCUGGCAGCACCAUUGCUGACUUUGAAAUUACUGCAAAUACAUCAAUUCAAGACGCAGCUGUUGAUGCACUUCUCAUGGCAAUAUUCAGUGACCUGAGGAACACGUUUCCUGUGGUGUUUGACAGCCCUAGCAACUUAGUAAUUGAACCACCUCGUAUAUUUUUCGAAGACAAUGUGACUGUGACCUGUGGCCCGCCACCAGUGGAGCUAGAUUUACGUAUCACUUCGACAGAGUGGAGACGUGACGGUGUUUUGAUAAAUGAAGACGAUCGACACAGCUUUUCACAAGCUAAUGGAGCGGAAACACUUUUGAUCACAAAUUACUUUUUCACUGACAAUGGACGCUAUCAAUGUCAGCUGUUUGAUGAGGAAUCAAGCUUCCGGCAGGACAGUAAUGGAAGAUUCAAUCGUUUAGAAACACCCACAAUCCAGACAGUUCCUCUCCAAAACACUAUCUUGUGUGAGGUUGGGCAGCAAGUGUCACUACAAUGCUCUGUCCAGGACCCCUACCAGCUGGAGUUUAGAGGCAUCUCAAAUUCAGAAACAGGGCCUGCAAUCCAACAUCAGGUUACAAUCACACAGGCAGACUGUGAUAACCAAGGAUUAAACAUAAUUUGUCAAGUGAUUGAUUUACCUCUAUUCAGACGGGAACUAAGAUUGGUGUUGGUCCUAGAUGGUGCAUUCACGUGUGUUGCUGAUCCAGAAUUUGGAAAUGGAUUUUUAAAUGAUGUGGGUAGAGCUUCUUGUGAAAUAAAUGAGGUGGGAGAGAAGACUGCCAUUUGCAGGGUAAGUGGAGAAUGGGAAGAUCGAGAAGACAACUGCACCCUCCAGAGGAUUGUGGAACUACUCGGCCAAUCUAGGUUUUUGGAUGAAAUUACAUUGCCAGAGUUCCUGGAAGAACUCAGCAAUGUCACUCUCGAACUGAGUCAACAAGUGACUGAAUCUCCUAACAACAUUGAUGCCAUUGUUACAAUUAUCAACAAUGUAGCAACCUUUGUAACAACAUCUACUAUCCAGAUAAGUCAGGUCUCGAUGGAGGAUGUCCUUCUCACUACUGAUGUCCUUACUAGAGAUGAGGCAAGAGAAUCAUGGGACAUUCUUAACCUUGAAGCACUCAUUGAGACCAUAGAAACAAGAAACACCAUUCCCAGAAAUGAGAGUGUCAGCUCAUUAUUGUUGUUUGGUCUUGAGGGUAUAACGAGUAGGCUAAUCAAUGCCUCGCUUAACAUUGAAACGCCUUUGAUUCUCUUGAACAAAACUACAUUCACCAACAGUUUCAAUGGGGAUUUUAAUUCUACAGUGGAGAUAGACAUAGAGGAGUCGAGUGGGCCAACAAACCUCACUGUGAUAACCUUUGAAUCAUUGGAUAAUGUACUUCCUCCAAGAGAUGAGAACAACGCUACAGGGAGGGUAAUCAAUGGGAGAGUCGUACUUGUUCAGUCUGACACCACCGUGGACAAUGUCUCUUUCACAUUUGACAUUAUAGAUGAGACUCUGGGGAACCCUCAGUGUGUGUUCUGGAACUUUACUCUUUUUGAAGGUCUUGGAGGAUGGGACGAUGAAGGCUGCGAGCUAGUUGUCAGAGAUGACGAAACGGUUACGUGUCAGUGUGACCACCUGACUUCAUUUUCAAUCCUAAUGUCACCCUUUGUUCCAAACAGACGUGUGUUGGAUUUCAUAACCUACAUUGGCGUCGGUAUUUCCAUGGCAUCCCUAGUUAUAUGCCUCAUUAUUGAGGCGUUGAUAUGGAAAGAAGUUAGAAAGAAGGACAAAGCACACUUGAGCCAUAUUCCCAUUGUUAACAUUGCACUGUCUCUCCUGAUUGCAAACAUUUGGUUCAUUAUUGGCGCAAGUAUCUCUGAAGGAGAUAAAAAGAAUCCAGAUGCAUGCACUGCUGCUACCUUUUUCAUCCAUUUCUUUUACUUAGUGCUCUUUUUCUGGAUGUUGGCGUCUGCCCUGUUGCUGUUCUAUUUAACAGUCUUUAUCUUUGGUAAUAUUUCUAAAACGACUUUGAUAGCUAUUGGAUUUUCUCUGGGCUAUGGGGCCCCAUUGAUUAUCACUGUCAUUACGAUUGCUGUAACAGAACCGAACAAUGCUUACAUUCAAGAAACUGUGAUCUGCUGGCUCAACUGGGAUAAAUCUCGAGCGCUGCUGGCAUUUGUGAUCCCAGCACUGCUCAUAGUGCUUAUAAACAUCGUAAUUAUAAUUGUGGCGUUGGUUACAAUACUGCAUAGUAAAGGGAUGUCAAUCACUGUACAAAACAAUGACAAUUAUAUUGUGGUGGAGAUUGCUCGGACCUUGGCCAUCCUCACACCCUUCUUUGGAAUAACUUGGAGUCUUGGAGUGGGAACUCUAACUGACCCAACUAAUCUCGGAAUCCACAUUGCCUUCGCCUUCUUCAAUUCUCUACAGGGCUUCUUCAUAUUGGUUUUUGGAACACUCUUAAGCAGACAGGUGCGGUCAUUAAUUUUGGGUCUGAAACCGUCUCAAAAUUCUGGAAGUGGGACAGCGACCACCAGUUUUGGAACCUCAUCAAGUGGAGGGCUGUUUGGGAAGAGGAACAAUAGAAAAAACGGUGGUAACAAUUCAUCAUCGGAUGCCACUGCAUCAUCUCAAGUUGCCAGCUCUUGAUGACCACUGCACUCUACUCUGCUCAGGCUGGCCAAGCAACAGUUUCCAAAUACUGUUUGAAAGCUGAGAGGCAAGCUUUCACACUAAUGCUAAAAGACUUUAAUACUACUAUCCUAUUUUUCUCUUAAUAUCAUUCCAAUUAUUUAGAAAAUUAAAGAACAGGAUUAUUGCUCAACAAAUAUGUGCCUAUUGCUCGAGACAAGUGAGCUAUUUUCUUAUCCUAAACAUUGUUUUUUUUCAUUUCGUAAAAUAACUCAUGGCUGCAUGCGAGUACAGUAACGCCCCACUAUAUCACGUUUCACGCUUCGAGGUCCCACUGCGUUGGCUAGCAUUUACAAAAUAAAUGUUAUUACGGUUGUUACUGUAUUAUGUACAAUAUUUUUGUGUUAGCUGUUGUUCUUGCUCUCUCAAUAUAUUAUACUGUAUAGCUAUCCGUAUGUCUAAAUGUGUUUGUAUUUUUUUGAAGUGUGUUUCAAAAAUGUAAGCGCCAUAAAUGUUAUAAAAAUAUGCCUCAAUAUAAUUUGGGGCACAAUAGUGGUGUAAUAGGGUAUAAUGUUUGCAAAGUAUCUAGUAUCUAGUAUGUUGCGAUAUCCUUGAAAAGGAUGACAAAUGUAAUAGUCCUAAAUAUAUUUAAUUAUUUGACAUUUUGUUUCUGAGAUGUUAAUUUAAUAUAACAGUCAUAUACUAAUAAUAUUACAACUAUUUCAAAUUCUUAAUCAGUAAAAAAUAAUGAUUCUUAUCACAACAGGGCAGAAGGCAGCCAUGCACUUUGGAACAUUAGUAACUGAAAUAAACUAUAACACUAUUGUUUGUUUUCAUGACUUGUAUAAUGAAAUAGUUUUGAUAAACUUGCACUUAUUAUAUUAGAGAUAGAUUAUAGGCCACAUCAUCAUGAGUGUGUUUGUCCAGUAGUCAAUUAUACAGCAGCACAGGUUUAUUUUAUUAAGUGACAGAGGCUCAGAUUUGAUGUGAUGUUUCAUUUUUACCAGAGUAAAAAAUAUUAAAAAGGUAGACAGUAGCUAAUUAUAUUACUCUUUAUGGGUUUGGAUGUCUCUGAUGUUUUAAAUGUUUAAUGUACUGUCAUAUGGAAAAUGGUAAAAGCAGAUAUGCUGACUAAGGGACAUUGCUUGUGUAA